AUGCAACAACAACAACAACAACAAUUUAAUCCAGUAGAAGUCUCUUCUAUUUCCUGCCAGUUCUGCAGGUCCCAGCAUCGUCGAUGUAGCAAAACAAAACCAAGUUGUUAUUCGUGUGUCAUGAGAGGUGUUGAGUGUAUUUAUGGUUCUGGUAAGAGGAAAAAGAGGAAUAAUGAAGAAAUGGAUCAAAUGAUGACUGUUAUGAAAGUAGUGCCAACUCCUCAUCAUCAUCAGGAAGAAUUUCAACAACAACAAGGCUUUCCAAUGUUUACCUUUCCUUUUCAAAAGCCUCCACAAUCAUCAUCAGCUUCAUUAUCAACACCACCCGAACAACAAACAAUUAAAUCUUCGUCAUCUUCAUCAAAUAGCAGUCCCGAAAGUAAUAAUUCUAAUCAAAUUGUAAAUAGUAGAAGUGAACGAUUGCAAAUAGUUGAUUUUUAUUUCGAAGUGGCUUGUUUUGCUCAUCCCAUCGUAUCGAGGAGUGAAUUGGAAAAGUUUGUGGAGAUUUCUGCUCUGGUUGAGGGAGAGUUUGAUACACCAUUCAUGAAUGAAAUGGCUGCCUUGUUCUAUUCAAUCAAAACUGUUUGUGAGAUAACACAGGGAAAACAACCUGAUGAGACUGCCAGUAUUGCUAAACGAUAUCUUUCUAACUCUUUUGCUAAUUAUUCCAGUUUCUAUAUUGCUGGUGCCUAUUUCCACAUGUGCAUUUACGAACUCUUACAGGAGAGACUUGAUAAGGCACAAUUGUACUUUAGAAUUUUACUCUUUUUCAAGCAGAGUUUAUUUAAAAAUCCUAACGCCUCCCUCAAUGAAUAUCAACUGAAUGUCAAGAAGGCAAUAUUUUAUUUGGAGAAGAUUGUUUUCAAGGUAGAUCAAAAUGUGAAACAAAUAAUGACAGUGGAAGAUUUUCUUGAUAUUAUUCCAGAUUUAUUUGUAUUUAAUAGUACAAGUUUGCCAGCUGGCUGGGAUGCAUGUUUGAAACAGCCAAUUACUUCAGAAAAUUGUUUGGAAGUUUGGACUCUGGUCGAAUUAAUUCUCACCCAAGCUAAAAUACAUACACCAUUCAAGACAAAUCCAGAGCUUAGUGACCUCUACUAUAGGUUAGCAGAGAAUGGCUCAAGAAUUGCUCUCUUAUCAAAAAAAACUACCAAAUCUUCAAUUAUUGAACUCUCUAUUGAAGCGAGCGCUUUUUACAUUGCUCAAUCUCUCGAUCAUCCUCGAUUCUCACUCUUACCAUUUGAAGUUUUAUUGCAUGUCUCUUAUGCUGCUGAAUACCAUUUGCAGAAAGUGGAUAGUGGAAUUAUCACCAAUAAUGGUAUCAAUUAUCUCGAUUUACUGAGGAAGGAAUUGCAUGCGUAUAACUCUCUCAAAUCCAAAUACCGUAUAGUAGCAUUCCACUUCUCUCAAGUUUUCGAAAAGAUUGAAAGCCUGUUAAAUCAGCACAAUAGUCAUCUAACAUUUAUUCACUAAUUUUUUAAAUUGCCAAACCUAAUGAACCUAACGUUAAUU